CUUGUCCAGCUCGGCCUCGUGGGACUUGAGCGUGUCUCGGAACUGUGGGCUGUCCAGGCAGCAGUCGCUGAACUCCAGGGCAGGAACCUCCUGGUCUUCAGCAAAGGACAAAGAGCACAAUUCCAACAUGCCUGACCUCCCCAUCGGCGGGUCACCAGCUUGGCCUGCUUUAGGCAAACUCCCUUGGUCCGCAGAAACUCCCUUCCUCCUGCCGCUCCAGCACUGCUGUUCCUACUGACUUUUCGGCAGUGUGCACAGAUCCAAGGAGAAGCCAGCCUGAAAGAAGCUCAGAGCCAGCCAGGCCCUGAGGCUGAGAGGAGCUGGGGCUGUGCUACAACCCAACCUGCCUCCAGCUCAUACAGAGCAUUGUGGCUUCCCAGCCAGCGCCUGUCUGGAAUGAUUUCAACAACCCGAGGUGCAUGUCACAGCUCGUCACCUCCCCUCAGACAGACCUGCAGUAACAGAGAGGGAGUAGGAGAGCCCAGAGGGAGAGCGGCAGCCGCGGCUGAAACCACACAACACCCUUUCACUGCUCCCACUGCAGCGGCAGAGGAUUUUCCUGCCUGAUCCCCUGCACUGCCGGCCGCAUCUCUUCUGCAGCCCUGAUCUGUAGCUCCAGACAGAAGUGUCCUUGUAAGAAGUAGCUGGGAUCUUUCUAUGUCUGCCCUGCACUUUCUGGAAACCCCAUGUAAGAAGAGAGCCAAGAGAAAAGCAGGAAGGCUGGAGAAGAGAAAUGCAAACAUUGGGUGGCCAAAGUAACACAGCAGUUUGGACCACUCACUGCAGCUUUACCUCUGACCAGCAGGAGCAACCAUAAAUUACCAGCUGCAGUCAAAGCAGUGUCAGAAAAAUAUUAGCCCUGAAGUCCUGCCGCCAGGAGAGGCUGAGAGAUGGCUGAAGGGAAAAUAACAACUUUCACCGCUCUGACGGAAAAAUUCAACCUUCCCUUGGGGAAUUACAAGAAACCCAAACUCCUGUACUGCAGCAAUGGGGGCCACUUCUUGAGGAUACUUCCAGAUGGCAAGGUAGAUGGCACAAGGGACCGAAGCGACCAACACAUCCAACUGCAGCUAAGCGCGGAAAGCGUGGGUGUAGUGUAUAUAAAGAGCACCAAGUCUGGACAGUACUUGGCUAUGGACACCAAUGGCCUUUUAUAUGGAUCACAGUUAAUGAGUGAGGAAUGCUUGUUCCUGGAAAGGAUGGAAGAAAAUCAUUACAACACAUACACAUCUAAGAAGAAUGCAGAUAAGAACUGGUUCGUUGGCUUAAAGAAGAAUGGGAGCACCAAACUGGGACCACGGACUCACUAUGGCCAGAAGGCAAUCCUUUUCCUUCCGCUGCCGGUGUCAGCUGAUUAGAAGAUCCUACCCCAAGCAGCGUAAGACAACCCUGAAUCUUACGCAUCAACUACCACCUCUUCUCUCUUUCUCUCUCUUUACUGGCUAGAGCGACAAAGAGAUUAACUCUAUGACCAGACGCUUUCAGUAUUUAAAUGCUUUAAAUAUUAAAAUCAGAGCUGUUUAGUUUUGUACUAAUCAAGUUUUGCAGAAAUGAGGGAAACCCCUCCCUGAACAAUGGACAAGUUGUGCCUUCACUUCCUUCUUGUUUUCCAUUGUCCACUGUCAGAGCUGUACAAUAGGAGCUUUGGCAUUAGAGGUAAAAUGUGUGCAAUGAAAAAUGCAAAAUGACUCCAAAGGACAUGCAUAUACUCUGCUACAGAGCGAGCACACAGGCACGUUAUUGCCCUUAAUGCAUGGCUUAAAAUAACACUAAAUCAUGUGGUUAUUGCCAGGGGAAUGCACACUUAGAGCCAGUGUGUGUGUUUUCUAGUCAUAGAAAAGUGAAGCUCUCCUGGAAUAGAUUUAUUAAAAUAUUUAUCUAGACGGUAUAUAACACACAUUAACAAAAAUGAAGAUGCAUCAAUAUCCAUUGUAUCAUGUGCAAGCAGUCAAGAAUGGUGAAAAAAGUUUGUAUAAAACUAACCCCAACCUAUGCUUUUAAAACCUAGCCACUACUCCUUUUUUACUCCACUCAUAUUGCUAAAUUCCUUAUUAGUCCCCUUCAUAUGUAAUUUGUAUUUAUUUAUUAAGUGACUGUGUUCAUUUUAAACAGGUCAUUAAUAGUAAGUAUAGGCAUUCAAAGUCACUUUAUGUUUUCUGAGCAAGGAUGUAGAUGACUGAAUGACGCAGAUCUCAUUUUGCCAGGGUGGUUUCAGGGGAGGGCAUGGCAGAAAGGGAAGUGGUUACCUAACAAUAUUGUUUUAAAACAAUUCACUGUUUUUAUUUCACUCCAAAAGUCUAUUUUUGACUUGAAGGUGUAAUUCUAUUUUGAACAGACA